AUGGCGCAACUAGCGCAUCUGCAAAAUCCACUGUUCCAUCCAUUCCUCCUUGUCUUCCAAAUCUGGCAGUGGUUCGUUGAUAAAAUCCUCUCGCCCUCUCCUCCGGAGCCAGGAACGCAACUCAGCCGGCCGAAGAUCGCUAUCAUUGGCGCUGGAAUCACUGGUGUUUCCUCGGCAGCUCACUGCGUUGGCCAUGGCUUCGAUGUGCUCAUCUUCGAGGCUGGCGGCGAGAAGAACCUCGGCGGCAUCUGGAGCAAGGUCAACGAUACCUCGAGCCUACAGAUUCACUCUAUGAUGUUUCGGUUCCAUCCUUCCAUCCAGUGGAACAACGGCUACCCUGACCGACAGCAGAUUGUCAGCCAGGUCAGACAACUUUGGGAGCGCUAUGGGUUAGACACGAAGACAAAAUUCGGCACCAAGGUCGAGAAGGUCUACAAGAACGACAAGGGCCGUUGGAUCGUCAAUAAUCCUGCGAAUGGACAAUUCGACGGCGUCAUCGCAGCCGUCGGCACCUGUGGAGACCCAAAGAUGCCGCAUAUGGAAGGCAUCGAGCAGUUCAAGAACCCCGUAUACCACUCGAGCCAGUUGACCGGCGUGGACGUCAAAGACAAGACGAUGAUCGUCAUUGGUGGUGGCGCCAGUGCUGUGGAAGCACUCGAGUACGCCUCGGAAGAAGGGGCUUCCAAGAUCUACAUCCUAUCCCGCAGCGACAAGUGGAUCAUUCCUCGCAACUUCAUCGUCGACAUAUUGCUAUCUCUGAACGUCUUCGGCCAAGAGACCAUAUUCUCCUGGAUUCCCGAGACGCUAUUGAAGAAAUUCUUCUACAGAGAUCUCCAGGAUAUCGCACCUAAUGACAAGGGCAUCUUCACGGACACCCCAAUGGUCAAUUCCGAUGUUAUGGAUAAGCUGCGAUCUGGAGAGGCCGAGUGGGUUCGAUGUGAUAUCGAAUCCUUCCACGACGGGGGCAUCACCGUUAACAGACGUGCCAAGGGUGUUCCCAAAGGCGGACCAGGCCGUCACGUCGACAUCAGUGGAGAUAUGGUGGUUCUGGCCACGGGCUACAAAAGGCCUUCCUUAGAUUUCCUCCCUGACGACUCAUUUGGAGAGCCGUAUGGCCCUCCGAACUGGUACCUCCAAACCUUCCCUUCGCGGCAUCCAUCCAUCUCGGCCAUCAACUGCACCUAUCUUGCGGCAAUUGGCACAGUCGGCAAUUGGCACAUUGGUAUCUAUACGCGGAUCCUGCUCAUGUUCCUCGUUGACCCCCUUACCCGACCUUCCCCUUUCUGGAUGGAGCGCUGGAUUGACAUGACCAGGGUGCUGAAGGCGUUCGCGCCAACUGGGGCCUUUGAUUUCUUUACGUACCUCGAGCUGAUCUGGUGGUUUACCUUCUGCGUCACCAUCAACCCAUUCCGUUGGAAGUGGGCUUUAUUCGUCUUCUUCGGCCUCGAGUUCGCGCUCCCUAAGCGGAUCGUACAAGCCGAGGAGCAUAUCCGCAAUGGUGCAAAGGUCAACGGCAACGAAGGCGAGGGCAGAGACGUCGGUCGGAGUUUCUAG